AUGUCCCAAUGGAGUCAAGUUCAACAACUGGAAAUAAAGUUUUUGGAGCAGGUAGACCAGUUCUAUGAUGAUAACUUCCCCAUGGAAAUCCGGCACCUACUAGCACAAUGGAUAGAAAGCCAAGAUUGGGAGGCUGCGGCCAACAAUGAAGCAAUGGCAACAAUCCUUUUACAGAAUUUGCUAAUACAAGUGGAUGAACAGCUGGACCGGGUUUCACAGGAGAAGAACCUUCUCUUGAUACACAACCUGAAAAGAACCAGGAAGCUGCUGCAGGGCAAAUAUCAUGGUAAUCCCAUGCACAUAGCAGUAAUCAUCUCAAACUGUUUAAGAGAAGAAAGAAGAAUAUUGGCUGCAGCUAGCAUGCCUGUACAGGGGCCACUGGAGAAGUCUCUGCAGAACUCCGUGGUCUCAGAACGACAACGAAAUGUAGAACACAAAGUGUCAGCCAUCAAGAACAGCGCUCAGAUGACUGACCAAGAUGUCAAAUACUUGGAAGACUUGCAAGAGGAAUUUGACUUCAGGUAUAAAACAAUACAAAGCUUAGAGCAGAGCGACAAAAACAGCGCCCUCAUUAAACAGGAAAUGUUGGCGUUGCAGGCGAUGCUCAAUACUUUAGACUACAAGAGAAAGGAAGUACUCAGUAAAAUAGGGCGUGUGAUUCAUGAAAUCGAUAUGCUUAUGAGCAACAUGCUGACUGAAGAGCUGCUAGAUUGGAAGAGACGGCAGCAGAUUGCCUGCAUUGGGGGUCCUCUCCAUGGUGGGCUUGAUCAGCUCCAGAACUGUUUUACGCUGUUGGCAGAGAGUCUCUUUCAAGUUAGAAGGCAACUAGAAAAACUGGACGAACUCUUGACCAGACUGACUUACGAUGGGGACCCUAUCCCAGUGCAAAGACCUCAGCUACUGGAAAAAGUCAACUUUCUGCUCUACAAUCUUUUCCGGAAUUCAUUUGUGGUUGAAAGGCAGCCCUGCAUGCCGACACAUCCCCAGAGGCCAAUGGUUCUUAAAACGUUAAUACAGUUCACUGUUAAAUUAAGGCUGCUAAUUAAAUUGCCAGAGCUGAACUACCAGAUCAGAGUGAAAGCAACUAUUGACAAGAAUGUUUCAACUGUAAGUAAUCGUAGAUUCGUUCUGUGUGGAACACACGUGAAAGCAAUGAACAUGGAUGAAUCCGCAAACGGAAGCCUGUCGGUAGAAUUUCGACAUUUGCAACCCAAAGAAAUGAAAUCAAGUGCUGGAAGCAAAGGAAAUGAGGGUCCUCACAUGGUGACCGAGGAACUGCACUCCAUCAGCUUUGAAACACAGGUCUGCCUGUAUGGAUUGACUAUAAAUUUGGAAACCAGCUCUUUGCCUGUGGUGAUGAUUUCCAAUGUCAGCCAGCUACCCAACGCGUGGGCUUCUAUUAUUUGGUAUAACCUGUCAACCAACGAUCCUCAGAAUUUGUCUUUCUUCAACAAUCCCCCUGCUGCCACUUUAAGUCAGCUCUUAGAAGUACUGAGCUGGCAAUUUUCAUCGUAUGUCGGUCGUGGACUCAAUUCUGAGCAGCUCAACAUGCUGGCGGAGAAACUUACAGGACAACAAGUCAGUUACAAUGAUUAUCAACUAUCCUGGGCAAAGUUCUGCAAGGAACAUUUGCCUGGAAAGUCUUUUACCUUUUGGGUUUGGCUUGAAGCCAUCCUGGACUUAAUUAAAAAACACAUUCUUCCUCUUUGGAUUGAUGGGUACGUAAUGGGAUUUGUAAGCAAAGAGAAGGAACGAAUUUUGCUUAAAGACAAGACACCAGGAACAUUCUUACUAAGGUUUAGUGAAAGCAAUCUGGGUGGAAUUACCUUUACUUGGGUGGAUCAGUUAGAAAAUGGAGACGUAACGUUUCACUCGGUGGAACCCUAUAACAAAGGUCGCUUAUCUGCACUGCCUUUUGCCGACAUACUGCGCGAUUACAAAGUUAUUAUGGCAGACAACGUUCCUGAAAACCCUCUGAAGUAUCUGUAUCCAGACAUUCCCAAAGAUAAGGCCUUUGGCAAACACUACAGCUGUCAGCCAAAUGAAGUCUCAAAGCCCUCAGAUGGAGGAGGCAAAGGUUACGUUCCUUCUGUAUUUAUCCCAGUCUCCAAAAUCUUAAAUGAUUCUACAGAUCCACAUUCUCCAUCAGAUCUUCUUCCAAUGUCUCCAAGCGUUUAUGCUGUGCUGAGAGAACACCUGAGUCCCACAGUGAUCGAAACUGCCCUGAGUUCUCCUUACUCAACUGACUGAAGUUUACAUACUGGAAAAAUUAGUAAUCGUCUGAACAAUGGAUGGGUUAAAGAUGCAGUAAAUAUUUUUUUCAUCGUCUUCAUAAAUCAGCAUUUCCUGGAACCCAUUAUGACGUUACUCUUGGGCCUCUUUCUGUUAUCAAUACCAUGUAAACGAGGAAUCUUCUCCCUAG